UGCGCAUGUGCAGUCAGCUCUUUGCUAAAACAAGAAACAGUCUGUAGCCAGCUUUGUGGGAAAAGCAUCGAAAGAAAAUACAUUUGAAAUACUGGAAACAUUAAAACGUUGUGAAAAUAAAUAAAGCAAUAGCGCUGUUUGAGUGGAAAAUGGACGAUAGUGAAAAUGCUAUGGAUACCACAGACGAGUUCCGGAAUUAAAACUAGCGAGAAAGAAUCUGGACAAGCCACACGACCUGUCAACAGAAACAAGAAAAACUACAUUUCGUAAAUAAGCAGAGCAACUACGGGCAGUCUGACACAGUAUAGUCAUGUUUAUAACCAAUGUGGACUUUGUACCCGAAUGACUGUGUGAAGCUGAGUUCAGCAGAAUUUCCAUCCGAGAAACAACAAGCGGCCUGGAAACGCAAUUGAUAAUAACCAAGCUGCUACUGGAUAUACACAAACUUAGAAGUACAAUGCUAAGACCAGCAAUAACCCGCCAUUUCAAAGCUGCUAUGUACUGUUGUUAAUGUCAGCAUUGAAUGUGUACUUGCAUUGGAAUAGGCGACACUUUCAACAGCUGAGAGAACUUUAAACUUGACAUUAAUAAAUGCAAUUACCUUGUCCUGGAGCUCGGAGUACAGCGUGUUCGCGCACAGAACACCAGAAAUCGCAGUGUUAUGAUAUUUGUUGUGAUUUAAGUAUCUAUUAGACAUAAAAUCAGUUUAGUUAGUCAAAUUUAACUUAUCGGCAUGAUUGUGUUUGGCAUUCCCCAAAGGAAGCCUAGGGAACAAGGUUUGAAGUGAGACGGUGUCGGCUUUCAAUUUGAGGCGAAACAAUUAGGCGUUAGAAAAAUACUGACGUUUUAUUUUCUACCAAACUGUAUGGGUCUGCUUUACCUAAGCGAAACACAACAUAGUGAUUGAAUGUCAAAAACCGAAGUGAAAAUGUGUAAACUGUGCAGGAAAGGAGAUUUGAAAACUUAAACAGCUGAAUUAUUAUUAUUAUUUUUAUAUAAUUCUGUGCAUAUAGACCACAUAAAGACUGUCAAUUUUCUUUUAUAAUACAUUGCGUGGUGGUGAGUGAACUGGUUGAUUUGGUAAUAUAAUGGCCCGAAAUCAGGAGAACGGACUGCAGACCGACUCGCAGAAUUUGAGAGGGAACAGUGAAAACCUUUUGGAACGAGAGAGCAGCUCUAUCGGAUCCGAUUCGGAGAUCAACGGGUUCACCACAGAGAAACAUACUGAUAAAUAUGGGUUCAUCGGAGGGGCGCAGCAGCACACGGAGGAAUCAGCUCAGGAUAUUCCCCCGGAGGUGGUGAGACAGAGGGAAGUCAAGUGGCUGGACAUGCUCAACAGCUGGGACAAGUGGAUGGCAAAGAGACACAAGAAGAUCAAACUUCGGUGUCAGAAGGGGAUCCCCCCCUCCCUGCGCGGCCGGGCCUGGCUCUUCCUGUCUGGGGGGAAGGUCAAACUGGAGCAGAACCACGGCAAGUUCCAGGAGCUGGACAGUAAGGUGGGGGACCCCAAUUGGCUUGACGUCAUCGAGAAGGACCUUCACCGGCAGUUCCCGUUCCACGAGAUGUUUGUGUCGCGAGGGGGUCAUGGACAGCAAGACCUGUACCGAGUGUUGAAGGCCUACACAUUGUACCGUCCGGAAGAGGGCUAUUGCCAGGCCCAGGCUCCCAUUGCAGCUGUCCUGCUCAUGCACAUGCCUGCCGAGGAAGCAUUCUGGUGCCUGGUUCAAAUCUGUGAGAAGUACCUCCCUGGAUACUAUAGUGCUGGAUUGGAGGCGAUUCAGCUGGAUGGGGAGGUCUUGUUUGCCCUCCUCCGAAGGGUCUCCACAGUGGCCUACAAGCACCUGAAGAAGCACAAGAUCGACCCCGUCCUCUACAUGACGGAGUGGUUCAUGUGUGCUUUCUCCCGCACCCUGCCCUGGGCCUCUGUGCUGCGCGUCUGGGACAUGUUCUUCUGUGAAGGAGUGAAGAUCAUAUUCAGAGUGGGGCUCGUCCUGCUGAAGAACAUGCUGGGCUCCUCUGACAAGCUGAAGGUGUGCCAGGGCUUGUAUGAGUCCAUGGAGCUGCUGAGAACCGUGGAGCCCAGAUACAUGCAGGAGGGCUUCCUGAUGAGAGAGAUAAUCGAGCUGCAGGUGUCGGAGCGUGACAUUGAGAAGGAGCACCUGGUGCAGCUGAAGCGCUGGAAGGAGACUCAUGGAGAGCUCCGCUGCAAGUCCCCUCCCAGAAUGCACGGUGCCCGGGCCAUUAUGAUCGCCGAUCCGCCCACCCACAAGGACCUGCGCCAGACUCCCACUAUCAUCAUGGAGCCCCCCCUUGAAGAUGCCAGCUCUAAACAGAAGAAGAAAGGGAAGAACAAACGAGAGCCCCCCAGCAAUCCCCCCCCAGAGACCCUGAGUCCCGCCCACCCUUCAAGCCCCACCCUCCAGAAAGACACUCCCCUGCAGCAGUCCAACCAGAGCCUGAGCUCCAGCAGCACUGAACAGGACACCUACCUGUAGCUCUUCUAUUGUGAGCCUGUGUUACCACAUCCUGUUCCCAUUCAAAGGUUUCAUCAAAAGGGGCAGGAUCGCCCCCACCUGACGCCACUGUUAUGAAAUCCCUCAGGGCUCCCUGUAUUUUUCCUCUUUUAUAUUAUACUGCUUCUUCCAUCAGGGUAUCCCUAUUAAUUAACUGUCCGUUAAUGAAAAACUCCUUCUUAUUUCCUACAAGCCUGGGGGCAUAUUGCUGCCUGCGUUGCUGUGUCACCUAGUGCUGUGAGAGAUUUAGUUCAUUUAGAUUGUAUUUUACAACUGUUCAUCUGGGGAUCUUUCCAUUGGUUGUGAAUAAGAAUGCAACUACCUGCUCCUAUAUGGAAUAGCUCCCCGUCAAGUUGCCAAUAAACCCACGGUAUGGUGAAAUUCAAAAACGAUCAGCUGAUUUUGAAUAUAACAGAAGUUCUGGGCAUCUCGUGCAGCACUAGCUUGUCUGCAGUUUGCGAACCCACAGCAUGGCAGACGCACCUCCAAUAAGCACCCACAAAUGCCCCCAUUUUGGUGUUCCCUCAGAUCCGUAUCUCAUACUCUUUUUUUGGGGAACUUGGAAGGAUUUUUUUCUGUGGUGGUUGGUUGUAAUUGGUAUUUUCUAAGGGUAGGGAGGUCCACCCACACCCACACACACACAAACAGCCUGAACAAAUACAGGCUUUUGAGUGUUUAAAGGUACUUGCUGUAUUAACUCAAUCUAGAAAUGUUUUUAACCUAUUGGGGAAGGCUGUAUUUUAGCAUCUCAAACACAGCAAAGGAAACUAUUUUUGUGUGGGUGUUGUUGAAGGGUUGGUGGUAGGGGUGUGAAUUGGAUCAAGGCUGUCAAAUACCCAGCUGUACAUGUUAUAGCUUUCUGAACUAUAUAGGUUAGUUUUUUUUUUUUUUUUUUUUGUUUCUUUCAAGUACAUGUUAUAGAAUUAAAACAUAAGCUCAUGCACUUUGAUACUGGAUGUAUGAUUCAAGGCACAAGCAACAAAAGAAAACAGUGCCGAGUUCUUUGAAAAGGGUCUUUUCAAAGAUUUAAUGUGUUAGGUGCAUGGAAGAGUGACGGACACAAUCUGGAUGUGGUUUGUUUUCAAGUCCAGAUUCAUCUUGUUACUACUUCAAGCAAACUUUUUCUCCAUGCAAUUAUUUCCAGUGGAAUCUGAACUGGUCACGUUACACAGUGUCAAGUGGCUGAAAGGAAUGUUUUAUGCUGGUUCCCCCUUGUGGUUGAAGUGGGGUAUGACUACUUUUCUAAAUCUGAAAAAAAACAAGACUUGCUCCUUUUCAACAUUUAUUUUUCAGGGGUUCACAAAGUUGUGUUCUUUAUUGAACAAUAAUAUUCAGUCUGACCAGUAAUGACAUUGUCUGAUCAAAUGUGGCCAGGCGGAGAUUUCCAAGUUGAGAAAAAUCCCAGCAAAUAACAGGUGCCCGUCCUACCAGAUUCUCUUGUUAACUUUAUUAUGGUAUUUUGUGAGCCUCUGAAAAACAAACAAAUAAAACACGCAAACAAAAUAGGAUAGAACUGUAAACUUUUAUCCUGAGCGGGGUUGUCUCAUUAAUAGAAUUAAAUAGUGGCCAGGAAAAUAAUUUCCAUAGCUUUGGCACAGUGUUCUAUUCUUGUGAUCUCAACAGCCACCAUAUACACAUUUGUAGAGAACCCAUUUUUUUUGCUACAGAAGUUGAAUCGCCAGCUGCAGGUCUGUCUAGGAAUAAAAAGCUUAAGCCUUGGUGCAUUCAGUCAACACAGUUCAACGCAUGAUGAACUAAAUCGCGGGCUCCUCUUACCUGCAGUCACUCGGGGCUGGGAACAAUUGCAGCUUUUCAAAACGUUAAUUUAGACAUGCAAGCAUGUGACAUUUACCUGUCGCACUGUACCUGUACGUUACCACCCGGGGGUCUGAUCUCAAAGCAUUGAACUCCAGUCUUUAUCUUAACUUCUGUUUACUGAGCAUUCUUGUGGUGCUGAGAAUCUUUGAACAGUAGCAGCAGCAAGUUGUCAUCUGUAGUGUUGUCUAGUGAGAAUAUUAAAAUUACAUUUAAAACCUUUCUUAAUAAGGUAUCGCAUCAUUUGUAUUACUGGUUUUGUAGUUAAGAGUUUGAGAACAGGCCUCAUAAUGUGCAAGUGGAAGAUCUGAGCCAGAUAUAUAGAUGCCUUAUUAAAGAAGCUGCAUGACCGAAAUUCUCUAGCAGUCACAGGGUGUGUCUUAAUCUGUGGUGGACGGACCAAUCAGUGUUAAAUCAGUAAAGUAGCUUUAAAAUAAAUGUUCUUUAUUUUCUUUAAUGUCCACUUGCAUUUUCUUUGCUGUUUCUAACUUCUGUCAUGACAAAAUCUAGCCUGGAUUAUGUAUAUCUUUGACUAGAAUUGAAGAGCAGCUCAGAGUGAUUGCGAAUAUCAUACAAGGAAAAUACAUUUGAAGCUACUAGGGAAUGAGCUGAUCAAUGACACAGUAAUCGUCUUCUGUCAGGUCACAGACAUGUGCGCUAAACUGUACAGUCUUAACUUAUAUCGAUUGUGACAAAGUUCUAAGACCACGUCUUGCAGUGGCAAAUGAAAACGAAGGGGGAUUUGCUUCCAUUCCUAUUUUGUCUGCGUUUCACGUUUCAAUUACAAAAACUCACGAUGCGAUCGUUCCUUCUUCCAUCAAGCGCUUUGGAAGUCACUUUGACCUCCCAUAUGUCAGACUGCUGGCUUAUUUGAAAGACUCGACUUGUAUUACAGAUGUAUAGGCAAUACCUAAAAGGAAAAAAAGGGAACUUAAAAAGUUAAGUUGUAAUGCUUGGAAGUGAAUGCCAUGAUGACACUAAUGAAUAUAUGAAUUUUCCAGCACUUUUGUAAAGAAUAUAUAAGCUUUUUUUAAAUGGAGACGCCAGGUAUUGUAUUUUGUUGUGUUUUUUUUUUUUUUUUGUAUAGCAGCUUUACCAAACUGGCAAACGAAACGACUAAAACCGUACACUCCAACUGUAUUGUUUGCUAGCUCUACAUUCUGUUGAGCAAUAAAUACAGAUAUUCUUAAAUAAAUGAUAACCAAGCUCUGUCACCCAUUGUGCUCAAUAGCCUCAUUAUCACUGGUCCUUAUUGUGCUGAAUGAGGUAUUGGAUUAUACAAACUAUAUACUAUAGAUUUAAAAAGUAAACCACUGCUUCCUGGUAUCAUCAUUGCUUGUGUUGGGUCUUGACUGCAUCCGAAACUACUGCUUGCAGUACCAAUGAAAGCUCGACAGCCACUAACAACUGAGUCAUGAGGACCAGAGGAACUGGACAGUGUUCUCAACCUUCAGUCAGGAAGUGAGGGGGCAUAUCUAUAGAGAUAACAAACAAGAUCACCUGCACAACAAUAAAAUAACCAGUGAUAGAGAGGAAUGUUUAGAUUGAGUUGUACAAAAUUAAUUUUCUACUGCAUAUGCAGUAAAUUAUGGGACCAUCUAGGCCAGUGGUAGGUGAUCUAUUCCAGCCCUCGUCCUAAAUGAGUUAAUUGUCCCUUAGCAGCUUCUAAGAGACAGCGGUGCAUACCUGAGUUUCUCUGUUGAUGAAAUACCACAGAGCCCCCGACACGCCUAGCAGCUGCUUCUUUUGGGCAAUUGGAGGGGGUGAUUUUAUAUAGUGUAUUCUGAAGUCAUUCCUGUUGUAUUUAAUACUGUUUCUGUACAAACUCCAUUUACCUGAAAUAAAUUUGAUACUA